ACGACAGCUGCACCUACAACUACAACAGAGGCUGCAACAAGUACUACAGCUGCUCCCACUACAACAACAGCUGCCUCAACAACUACUACAGCCGCUCCUACUACAACCACAGCUGCCCCAACAACUACCACAGAGUCUCCAACAACGACAACAGCCGCUCCUACUACAACCACAAGUGCACCUACAACUACCACAGAGGCUCCAACAACGACAACAGCUACUCCCACGACAACCUCAGCUGCCCCUACAACUACAACAGAGGCUCCCACUACAACCACAGCUGCACCUACAACAACAACAGAGGCUCCAACAACAACCACAGCUGCUCCCACUACAACCACAGCUGCCUCUACGACUACCACAGAGGCUCCAACAACGACCACAGAUUCUUCCAAUACAACCACAGCUGGCCCUACAACUACCACAGAGGCUCCAACAACGACAACAGCUGAUCCCACUACAACCACAGCUGCACCUACAACAACAACAGAGGCUGCAACAACAACCACAGCUGCCCCUACAACUACCACAGAGUCUCCAACAACGACAGCAGACGCUCCCACGACAACCACAGCUGCACCUACAACAACAACAGAGGCUCCAACAACAACCACAGCUCCUCCCACUACAACCACAGCUGCACCUACAACUACCACAGAGGCUCCAACAACGACCACAGAUUCUCCAACUACAACCACAGCUGCACCUACAACUACCACAGAGGCUCCAACAACGACCACAGAUUCUCCCACUACAACC